AUGGAGUUGGAUAGCAGCAAUAACUCUACCAUCACACCAACACCAACCACUACAGUAUCGACAACUAAAUCACAAGUUUUCAAUUUUAAUUCGAUUAAUGAAGGCGAAAAUGUUAUUUUAGAUAUAAACAAUGGUGAAAAAUUUUCAAUUGUCAAAGUUAAAAGAGGAUUAAAAACUAGAAUUGGUAAAAAACAAAUCAAUAUCAGUGAAAUUAUUGGUAAACCAUGGUUCAGCAGUUUCCAAGUUGUAAAUGAAACCAAUACAUUGAAAAUAGUUACUCAAAAAGAAUUAGACGAUGCAUUAAAUAAUUUAGUAGAAUUAAAUCAAAAUGAUGCCGAUAAUAGAAAUCUCGAUCAAAACAAUACUGCACAAAAAUUAACCCAAGAAGAAAUUACCAAGAUGAAAGAAUCUGGUACCGAUUCAAAUACAAUUAUUAAAACUAUUGUUGAAAACAGUUCAAGUUUCCAAACUAAAACUGCAUAUUCCCAAAUUAAAUAUUUAAAAAAGAAAAUUAAGAAGUACUCAACUAUUGUUAAAGUUAUCAAGCCAACUUCAAAAUCAUUAACUGAAGCCUAUUAUAAAAAAGAUGCUAGAAAAAUUUGUAAUCUUAGAUUCGAUUCAUUUGGUCAAUUAUUAACUUUAGCCAAUAUUAGAUCUGGUACUCAAGUUUUAGUUGUUGAAACAUGUAUGGGUUUAGUUACAGGCUCAAUUGCAGAAAGAAUGGGUGGUGAAGGUACAAUUUUAUCUGGAUUUAUUGGUAAAGGUGCAUCAUUAUCAAUUGUAAAUAAUUUUGGUUUCCAAUCUGAUGUUUUAAAUACUAUUUAUCCAUUCAAUAUAAAUUUAAUAAAUAAAUUAAACAAAAAAGAAGAUAUUUCAGAAAUUAUAAACCCAACUGUAGGUUUAGAUUCAAAAAAUAAAAAUAAAAGACAAGAUAAUAAUAAAGAGGAUCAAGACGACCAAGAAAAUGGUGAAGAAGCAAUUACAAAUCAAAAGAAUGAUACUUCAACCAAUAACAUUUCAAAAUUAUUAAACGAUGGUACCUGGUCAUUAGUUAUCGUCACUAAAUAUUCACCAUUAAAUAUAUUAUUAGCAUGCUGGCCAUAUUUGAAUGCCAGUGGUAACUUUGUAAUCUUUUCACAAUUCCCACAACCAUUAAUCGAAUGUCACCAAUUCCUUCACAGUAAUCAAAUGGCAAUUAAUCAACAAAUCUCUGAAAUUUGGAUGAGAGAAUAUCAAGUAUUACCAAAAAGAACCCAUCCAACCAUGGGUAUGGACGGUGCCAGUGGUUAUUUAUUAUCUGGUAUUAAAGUUAAUAAUAUCACAAAACCAACAAUAGCAUCAACAACUACAACCACAACAACCAAUACCACAACAACUACACCACCAUCAUCAGAUCCAUUAGAUAUUGAAAAACAAGUUAUAAACAGUACCACCACCACCACUGCAGAAGAAGAUGAAACUAGUGAAUCAGUAUUAAAAAAAAGAAAACUCGACGAAGAAGAAAAAAAUUAA